AGGUUAAUGUUGUUUAGUUCAUUUGAUAUUACCUAUAGUCAAAUUAUAUAUAAAAGUUACUCCUAAGAGUUUGUAAAUAAGAAACGCUUUUUUUAUUUGGCUUGAAUAUUUUAUAAUUGUAUUUACUAGUUUACUGAUGUUAUAUAGUCGAUGAGUAUACAAUAAGUUAAUUAGCAUUCAAGAUAUAAUAUUUAAUAUGGCAGUUAAUAUAGACGAUAGUGAGACAAAAAAUGUUAUAACAGAGGCCUUAGAUAGGCAUAACUUCUACAGAAAAAAACAUAACGUGCCUCCUUUAAAAAUCAAUUCAAAGUUGAACGACAUUAGUCAAAAUUGGGCUGAUGAACUGGCUAAAAGAGACGUAGCGUCACAUCGCCCAAAUAAUGCCUAUGGUGAGAAUAUUUACACCAUUAAAUCAACAGAACAAGUGACCGAAUUGGGCACUAAAGCAGUAAACAGCUGGUAUAAUGAAAUAAAAUUUUUUGAUUUUCAAGGAUCUAACAAUGACAUGGCUGCUUGCACAAAAUCUUUUCACUUCACUCAACUUAUUUGGAAGGACAGUAGUGAGCUUGGCGUUGGUGCAUCCAAAAGUUCUAAAUCCGGUAAAUUAUACGUAGUGUGUAAUUAUGACCCGCACGGAAAUAUUAGAUCACAAUUUAAAGAUCAAGUAUUGCAAGCAUCUGGUUAGUCCAAGAUCAGAGUAACAACCAAAUCAAUAUUAUAUACACACAAAAUUGUUAUAUAUUUAAAUCGAUGAUUGUCUUUGAGAUAAAAAAAAAAUAACACGUACAAAAAUAUUGUUUGAA